AUGGCUAACUACUCCGCGAUCGCAUCCGAGCCACACGACGAUCCCAUGUCCGCGAGCACGGGGUCGCUGCGAGGGCGACGGCGCGGGCGUGGGAAGAAGGAUGUCGGCCACCGGGGCCAGGCGUCGUGGAUAUCCAGCGUUAUCAAUCUGGCCAACACCAUCCUUGGCGCGGGCCUCCUCGCCAUGCCCUCGGCCCUCUCCAAGAUGGGCAUCUUCCUCGGUAUCUUCGUCAUAGCCUGGGCUGGCUUCACCGCAGCUUUCGGUCUCUACCUCCAGACCCGCUGCGCACGAUACAUCGACCGCGGUCACGUCUCCUUUGCGGCGUUGUCUCAGCUGACCUACCCAAAUGCCUCGAUUCUCUUCGACGCCGCCAUCGCUAUCAAGUGCUUUGGCGUGGCAGUGAGCUAUCUGAUCAUCAUCGGCGACCUCAUGCCCGGCGUAGUCGUGGGCUUCGUGCCCAGCGCUAAGGAUGUCACUUUCCUCGUCGACAGGCAGUUCUGGAUCACAGCGUUCAUGCUCAUUGUCAUCCCUCUCUCCUUCCUGCGCCGUCUCGAUUCGCUCAAAUACACCUCCAUCAUCGCUCUCUUCUCCAUCGCCUACCUCGUCAUCCUGGUUGUGGCCCACUACCUCAAAGGUGACACGCUUGCCUCGCGCGGCACCGUCCGAGUCUUUGAAUGGGCUGGUCCUGUCAGUGCCCUUGCUGCCUUCCCCGUCAUUGUCUUCGCGUACACAUGCCACCAGAACAUGUUCUCCAUCCUCAACGAGAUCGCCAACAACUCGCACUUCCGCACCACCACCGUUAUCGGCGCAUCCAUCGGCGGCGCCUGUGCUCUCUACAUCCUCACCGGCAUCACGGGCUACCUGUCUUACGGCGACAACAUCAAAGGCAACAUUGUGAGCAUGUACCCCACCGCCGCUGCAGCCACCAUCGGUCGUUUCGCCAUUGUCAUUUUAGUCAUGUUUUCCUAUCCGCUGCAGAUCCAUCCCUGCCGCGCCAGUCUUGACGCAUGUGCAAAAUGGCGCCCACGCCGCCGCUCGCCCUCGAGCCGCGAAGGCAGUCCUACACGCCACUCGCUCGUCGGCAAUGAAGCCGCAAAACCCAAGGUCGAGAUGAGCGACAUGCGAUUUGCCAUCGUGACGACUAUCCUCAUCGUCCUGUCUUUCGUCACCGCCAUGACCGUCUCUUCACUCUCCCUCGUGCUAGCCUACGUCGGCAGCACCGGCUCAACGACCAUUUCUUUCAUCUUACCCGGCCUGUUCUACUACAAGAUCUCCGACCCAGACUCGCCGCAUCACCAGCGCCUAGUCAAGGACGAGGACGACGAGAAUGAAUUCGUGUCUGGCGUAGAAGGAGGCGCGAGUAGAGAGGGCAACGAGAACCGCGACUGGAGACGCGGACUCCUUCGCAAUGCAGCGCUGGGUCUAGCUGUGUAUGGACUCUUGGUCAUGAUCACUUGUUUGGGUAUCAAUCUUGUUUUUGGCGCGAGCGGGCAUUAG